AUGAAGGAAGCAGUGUUCUGUGUCUCACUUCAGGCCUUGUGCAUCAAGAAUAUACAGAUGUGCUGGAUACUCCCCUACUUCAAGGUCAGUGAGCCUAUAUGUGGCAGUCACCAAGAAACCUACCAGGGUGAGUGCCAUCUCUGCUCCAGAAUUCUAUAUGAAGACAGAACUGUAAUUAAAGUGCAUGAUGGACCAUGUGAACACUCCUCAGAUGAGUUUGAACACUAAUAAAAGUUACUGAGUUCUCAGAGAGCCGUGUGGAGUAUGACUGACUCUUCAAAGAUUCCCAAUUUG